GGCCUGGUGUGUAUUGAUUGGUCAGGUCUGCAGCAGAGACCAGCAGAGAUUCCCUCCUUCACAUCUGUCCACACGCCUGACCAUAAGAAAGUUGCUGCCUGUGACUAGCAGAGAAGGAGGCAAAGGGUUACCUCCCUUUCUCUCUUGAGGAAGAGUGGAAGCUUCUGCCUCAGCCCUAGACUCUCCAGCUGAGCUGGGAAGGAAGCCAGAAAAGACACCGGAUAGGAAAGUAACAAAGGAGGUUGAUAUGGAUCCCAGGGUCUCCUCUGAGAAUCAUCAGGAGGUCCCUAUGGAGGAGGAAGAUGAACCAAGAGAGGAGCCCAAGAAUGGUGAAGCUGAUGACCCAGAACACUUUGGGUCCAGCGAUACCAUGGCAGAAGCUAGCCAUACACUGAAGCAGCUGGAAUUACAAAAUGGUAGCUUAGAGGAAGAAUUUGUGGUACAUUCCCUGGAGAACGAGCCCCAAAACAUGAUGGAGAGCCUAAGCCCGAGGAAGUAUUCAUCAAGUCUGAAGUUUAAAGCCAACGGGGAUUAUUCUGGUUCAUAUUUAACCCUUUCCCAACCUGUGUCUACCAAGAGAAGCCCUUCUCCGUUGGGCUCCAGCGUCAGGAGUAGUCCCUCCUUGGCCAAAAUCCAGGGAGGCAAACAGUUCUGUGAUGGAAUUGAUAAAAAUAUUUCCAUGAAGCCUCCUAUAUCUUUCCUCAGCUCUACCGCCUCUCUUAGCGGCUAUCCGAUUGGGAAAGCAGAUUUGGAUCAUUAUACCGGUCGAGACAGUGAGAGGUCCUUCAGACUCUCAGAGAAACCUCCCUACUCCAGAUACAGCUCUAGGAAUAAAUCACACGACAGCGUCUACUUUCUAGGGGGGGCAGAAGGACGAAAAGCCUCUGGCUCGCUCCUGACCAUGUGGAACGGUAAUUCCUUGAGUGGCACUGGCUCCGCACCCAUCAGCAGGUCUGGGGCAGCGAGCAUGCCUUCAAGCCCAAAGCAAGCCAGGAAAAUGAACCUUCAGGACAACUUGCCGCUUCAGCCCAGGUUAAGUAGGCACAAAGAGCAAGCCUCUGAAAACGUCAGUGUGAGAACGAGGAAAUACUCAGGCAGCAGUCUGAGUAAUAUGGGUGCCUACAGCCGAUCGCUCCCCAGGUUGUAUAAAGCCACAGACAACCAGAUGUCGCCUCUCAGCCUGCCUCCAAGAAAUUCCCUGGGCAAUUCCAGACGAGGUCAGUUAGGAGAAAAGGAUCUACCUCACAGCCUAGUGGAUAAUGACAAUUACCUUAACUUUUCUUCUCUGAGCUCCGGGGCUUCACCCUAUAAAACCUGUCUGUCAGAUGGAAAUCCUUACGUAAGCUCCGCUCUCAGUGUCCCUGCCAGCCCUCGAGUGGCUCGGAAGAUGCUCCUGGCCUCCACCUCCUCUGAUGACUUUGAUAGGGCUUCAUACUCAGGGACCAGCCCAAGUCACUCCUUCCUUUCUGGAGAGCCUGACCGAGUGCUUGUGGCUAGGAGGAACUUCUCUUGUGGAUCAAUGGAGCUUGAUGACUCUGAUCUGGAAAGCCUGAGACAGUCUUCAGAAACUCCGCAACCCAUCCUCCGAGAACGGAAAAGUAGCAUCAGCUCCAUCUCAGGACGCGAUGACCUGAUGGAUUAUCACCGACGACAGAGGGAGGAGAGACUCCGGGAGCAGGAGAUGGAGCGACUGGAGCGGCAGCGGCUGGAGACCAUCCUCAGUCUCUGUGCUGAGUACACGAAGCCGGAAGGUCGCCGCCUGUCCGCUGGCACCACAGUGGCUGAUGUGCAGAAAAUCAACAAGGAGCUUGAGAAGCUUCAGCUGUCGGAUGAAGAGUCUGUGUUUGAGGAAGCUCUGGUGUGCCCGGACGCCAGGUACAGGUGCCACCGGAAGGGCUCUCUCCAGGAUGUUGACAUUGCUGGCUUCGGGAGCCUGGGUCAUAGUGCCAGCUUCCUGGCCCCCAGGGGCAGCAAGAACGAUGAACUGCUUGGUGACCUCACCAGGAUGCCUCCACCAUCCUCAGCAGCAUUUCUGAAAGCAACCAAUGAGUCCUCCUACCUCAGUAUCCUACCGAAGACCCCAGAGGAUAUGGGUGAGGAACAGAGGACUCAGGAGUUGGCUGCAAUGGAAGACGCCCGGAUGGUGAUUCUGAACAACCUUGAGGAACUUGAGCAGAAAAUCAAAGAUAUAAAUGACCAAAUGGAUGAAUCGUCCAGAGAGUUGGAUAUGGAAUGCGCUCUUUUGGAUGGAGAACAGAAAUCCGAGACGGCUGAGCUCAUGAAGGAAAAGGAGAUUCUAGAUCAUCUAAACCGGAAAAUCACAGAACUAGAAAAGAACAUCGUAGGCGAAAAGACCAAGGAGAAGGUAAAGCUUGAUGCUGAAAGGGAAAAGCUAGAGAGGCUUCAGGAGCUGUACUCCGAGCAGAAGACCCAGCUGGACAAUUGUCCUGAGGCCAUGAGGGAGCAGUUACAGCAACAACUCAAGAGGGAUGCCGACUUGUUGGAUGUUGAGAGCAAACACUUUGAAGACUUGGAAUUCCAACAGCUUGAGCAUGAGAGCCGUCUGGAUGAGGAAAAGGAGAACUUGACUCAACAACUCCUGCGGGAGGUGGCAGAAUAUCAGCGGAACAUCGUGGCUAGGAAGGAAAAAAUAUCUGCAUUGAAAAAGCAAGCCAGUCACAUCGUUCAGCAGGCUCAGAGGGAGCAAGAUCACUUCGUGAAAGAGAAGAACAAUCUGAUAAUGAUGCUUCAAAGAGAAAAAGAGAACCUUUGUAAUUUGGAAAAGAAGUACUCCAGCCUCACUGGGGGAAAAGGGUUUCCUAUUAACCCCAAUACUCUGAAAGAGGGCUAUAUCAGUGUAAAUGAGAUUAAUGAGUCAUGUGGCAAUUCCAUGAAUCUAUCCCCUUCCACUCAGUUCCCUGCUGAUGCUGAUGCUGCUGUCACUGAGCCUGCCUCAGCUGUGCCGGUGAGCCAGCCCCAGAGUUCAGAGCACCAAUCAGCUGUCUGUUCUGGAUUUAUGCCUCCUUCCACCCUUUCUCCUUCUGUCACUGAAUCUUCAUCAGCCGCUUGGCCUGAAGUCAUGGCUACACCUGUUGAUUCUUUCCCUUUAAAUGACACACCUCCUCCUCUACCAGCUAAGAAACACAGAAGGCAGCAGCCUCAGGAACAACAGCACUUUAGAAGCCUGGAAGAAAGGAAAAAGCAGCACAAAGAAGGCCUCUACCUGAGUGACACUCUGCCUCGAAAGAAAACCACCCCUUCCCUGUCCCCACACUUCAGCAGUGCCACAAUGGGGAGGAGCACCACCCCGAAGGCCCACCUCCCUCUGGGGCAGAGCAAUAGCUGUGGCAGUGUGCUCCCUCAUUCGCUGGCAACCAUGACAAAGGAUGCUGAGUCUCGGAGGAUACUGAGAGGAAGAAUGAAUUCUUCAGCAGGUUAUAAUCACCAACAGAUGAGCGAAGGACAAAGACAGAAACCUGAAUUCUACAGCCGCACAGCAUCAGAGUCGAACGUCUACUUGAAUAGUUUCCAUUACUCAGACCGCAGCUACAAGGACCAGGCCUAUGACACAUUGAGCCUAGACAGCUCUGAUAGCAUGGAGACCAGCAUCUCUGCCUGUUCACCAGACAAUAUAUCUAGUGCCAGCACAUCUAACAUUGCCAGGAUAGAAGAAAUGGAAAGACUCUUGAAACAGGCACACGCGGAGAAGACGCGGCUGCUUGAGUCCAGGGAACGGGAAAUGGAAGCCAAGAAGCGAGCUCUGGAAGAAGAAAAACGACGCCGGGAAAUCCUGGAAAAGCGACUACAAGAAGAAACCAGCCAGAGGCAGAAGUUAAUAGAAAAAGAAGUCAAAAUAAGAGAGAAACAAAGGGCACAGGCUCGUCCCCUGACUCGCUAUCUGCCUGUCCGGAAAGAAGACUUCGACUUGCGGAGUCAUGUGGAGACUGCGGGCCACAAUAUCGACACCUGUUUUCAUGUGUCAAUCACAGAGAAGACCUGCCGAGGAUACCUCAUCAAAAUGGGUGGAAAAAUUAAAACGUGGAAGAAACGCUGGUUUGUUUUUGACCGGAAUAAGCGAACAUUUUCUUAUUAUGCAGACAAGCAUGAGGCUAAAUUAAAAGGAGUGAUAUACUUUCAAGCCAUUGAAGAAGUGUAUUAUGAUCACCUCAAGAAUGCCAAUAAGAGUCCUAAUCCAUUACUCACCUUUAGUGUCAAGACGCACGACAGAAUCUAUUACAUGGUGGCCCCUUCACCGGAGGCCAUGCGGAUCUGGAUGGAUGUUAUAGUGACGGGAGCAGAAGGAUAUACUCACUUCCUGUUGUAGAGAACUUUGGCCGUGGUCCACUUCAGGGAAGACUGCAAUAGUCUCUUACAAGAAUGAAGCCAUAUCCAGUAUCAGAUGGAAAUGCCUAACAGACCCAUCCCAUUAGCUGUGUGCACUCAGAACUCUUUUUAAACUGGGGAGCCUUUCAUACAAGGAAGCAGGGCCUGGAGCUCCUACGGCAAAACACAAACCAAAACACUAUUCUGAUAAAAGCAUCACUUAGAUGCACGCUCGUUUUCAUCAGCUGAUGUUGGUUAAGUCAACCGAACAGUUUACACAAUGUCUGUAAAUAUGUACUUAGAAAUAGAAGAUUAUUUUAGCACCCAGCUCUCUGUCCUUGGUGAUCACCUGCCUUCUUUGUAGGAAGUAGGAUUUUAUAAAAAACAGGCAGAUAAUGACUUAGAAGGCAACAGGUGUUAGACACUUUGCCUUAGUUUUUAAAUACUGUACCCAAACCAAAGACUUAGCUUGACAACUGUUGUUUCAUGUCAGUGUUGCUCUCUAAAUAAUCUUUAAAAUGGGAUUUUAAUGCUAACGCUGUAGUGUCCACCCCCGCCCCCAAGCUACUGUGCCUAUAUAGUAAACCACUUUCUUAAAAGAAUAAAAACAAACAAACAAACAAAAAAAAACUCCUGUUUUAAGAAAAGGCCAUCUCAGACAACAGACUCCUACAACAUCAGGCAAUUUGAAUUAAGGAGAACGUUUAGUGGGAGGGAGGGAUCUUGUUCUGUUGAUUUGUCCAUUCCUGGUGCUGGGAAUGAAAGCAACCAGUAGCCAGUUCCCUCCAAUCUGUUGGAUUCUGCUUGCUUAUGAAGCAAACAUGUUAUCUGCACCUUCACAUGGUGUAACUAUGCAUCCAUCCCUGUUUCACUGAAAACCUGAGCACUCAACACACAAAACACAAAAGACACAGAAAAGACAACCAAAAUUCAAAUUAACAUUCUCUGUGCUAUGUCUUUUCCCAUGUGUCUCUACAAAUAGCCUUUGUUUCCAGAGCUAAUUUUUGUUGAAUGAAAUGACUUCGGGCAAGUCUCUUUUAUAAUCAUUUUUCAAGUGCCAUUUGUGUGUGAGAGUAUGUGAGUGUGUGUGUGAGUGUGUCAGAGUGUGUGUGUGUGUGUAUGUUCUGUGUUUGUAAGUAUGAACAAAUUAUUUUCUAAAACAUGCCAAAUGGAUAGAAAUAGAAAACAAUGUUUAGAAACAUGUCCAUGAAACUUUCAGGCCUGACUGGGUACAAUUAAAAAAACUUACAGUGUACUUUUAUACCUGUAUACAUGUUACCAAUAAUAAGAUUUUGUAACUGGAUGAUGUGAGGUUUUACUUGAAUAAUGAGGGGGAAAGAUCAGUACUGUAGCAGGUAUUUUUUUUUUUCAUCUGUGAUUUCUGCAGACGUUCUCCUUCAAUGCUAGUGAUCUUAAACAUUAAAAGGCAAUUGUUAAGGUUUGGUUGCUUAAUGUAAAGAUACAAUUUGUCUGUAUUGUACCUUCUUCAUAGGAUUGUAAGGGUGUUCUAAUCAUUUUGCAUGUCAUAAAUCUUUUAGAUGUGUAUGUGUGUUAAAUGUAUGGAGUUUGGAUUAAACUGUUGACCUGA